AUGGCUAUUCGACUUUCACGAAUACCUCUUUCACAGAGACCGGGAACUUACAGAGUAACGGUACAUGAUAUCUGUCAACUACGCCCAAGACGCAAUCUAUACAAGACACCACCUCGAGACGCGUCUUCCUCGUAUGAAGCAUGGAUAGAGAAAUCUUCUUCAGGCACAAGGAACUCCCCUGCCCCAGCCACGGCUCCUGAAAGUCAUCUCCAUCUGGCAAGUUUAACUUUGGCUUCAGCUUUUCUGUUUAUGAAACGGCUGCCAAAAGUCAGAUAUCAUAUUCCUAAGGAGAUAGAAAUUGAUGACUUGAACGGGGAGUUAACUCAGAAUGUGUUAAGAUUUGCUUCUGUGGGUGACUAUUCACUGAUUAGUACAUUACUAACAAAAGCACUAGAAGAAAAAAAUCUUAUAGUACAUCCAGACAUCAUUACGCAGUUAUUUGAUAAGUUUACUUCCAACGAACCUGUUCGGUACUGUCUGCCUUUAGAAGAAGAGAUUGAAGUUCCCUUGUAUACCCACUCACCCAAUGCAUCUUCGCCAUAUUAUGACUAUAUAUAUAUCAGAAUACCUCAUUUAUUCGACAUCUGCAAGUUAUAUGAGAAUUUUAUGUUUGAAAGUCAAGUAUUCCAGGACAAUUAUGCCCGGUUUUGCUAUCAUUUGGAUAAUAGUGAAGUUAUGCAACAGUUGAUUUAUGUUUAUCUCAACAAUAAUAAAAUAUACACUCCUAAAACGCUUUGCUAUUUCCUUGCAACUUCUAUACGAACGUUUGAUAUUGAAUAUGCCAAAACACUAUACGAAACUUUGAUUUCUAGAGGAAAGGGUUUACAAUCUGAGGUACUCAAUACUGUAAUAUACAAUCUUAUUAAGGCAGGGUCAAUAUUUGAAAAUCUAGGUUAUGUCUUUUCUAUUUGGAUAGCCAAUUCUUCUAAAUGCCAACUUCCAGAUGCCAAAACAAUGGCGUUAUUAUUGCAACAAUACUAUAAAUUUGGUCAAGAAGAUGAAGUCAAAUUAAUGAUGGAUAUGGUUGAAUCAAUAGGUGUUUCUGAUCACUUUUUGAUUCAAGCAGUGUCCUUACAGGCCAAAAUAUCGUUACGUGAACCCGGACGUUUCAGGAAAACAGUAACCAAAGAAGAUUUAGUUGAAUUUGAUGAAAUUUGUCGUUCAACUGAGGAUGAUAAGGAAAGUCUUAGAGCACUUCAUUAUUCCUUUUUAGAAUACUUUUCAAUUCGACUGGAUAUGAAGGUGAUACAGUUUUUGUUAAUGAGUAUGAAGAGAUAUAACAUAACUCUUGAUGACACAUUCUAUCGCAUCAUUAGUGACUAUUAUAGUCAAAGGGGAAAAUUCUCUCCUCAUUUUGCAUUAUUGAAGAAGGCUGCAGAGAGUGGUCUUCCUUAUGAUGAUAUUUUCGUUCAACAUUUAUUUGCAUCUUUUGUUAGAGCAUAUCCAUAUAUGGCAUAUGACUUUUCAACUAAUUUCCACGCUUGGUUGGAUAGAAGUGAACUUUCAGGUGACUCCAAAGCCAAAAUUCAAAAACAUACCAAGAUUCAACUGCUAGAGUCCCAAUUAUGUCCAUAUAAUUUGGCUCGAAACAAAUUGAAAUCUAAAAAGUAUUCUGCAAGUUGGGCAUCCAUAGAAUGGAAGCGCACUCAUUCUAAACGCAAAUUCAAGUCAUAUAAGGAUCAAAUAGAUUUCAGAAUGAAUGAAGGAUUAAAAGAGUUGAUCAAUAAAGGAGUUAGGCCAGAAGCCUCAGUUCUAUUGACCACAUUCAAGAGGCUGAAUCAAAAGUUUAGAGUUGAUAUACUAGAAAUUCUCAAAGGGUUCAGAAUGUACCUGACUGCUGAUAGCUUUGAUAUUUAUAAUUAUCAAUUGCCUGACUCUACUGCUAAAUUGAAGCAAUACUUUGAAGUAGGACAUCAAUUGCGGUUGAAUUCAAGGAAUUUAUUGACUCUUUGUCGUAUCUGCCUUAAUAACAAACUAUAUGAUGAGGCAAGAACACUGUUACUGCUUGUGAAACCUGAAGAAUUGGACGACAGAUCAUACAUGGUGAGACUAACGCUUGAACUAUCCCUUGCUGUUCGGGAACGGGACUUUUCUUCGGUUAUCAACGUUAUAAAUGCAUUCCCUGUUAAUGAAGUAAUAUUGAGUCCAUAUAUUGCAAAGCAAUGUGGUUACGUUGAACGAAGGAUUUCUCGUUUGAUAGAAAAGCACAAAUGCAAACUAUUACAUUUAUCUACUACUACCCCUGAAGAGAACACUAAUGAUGGUUCCAAGAACGUCCAACAAGACUUGGUUGAUUGGGAAAUGGCUGCAAAAGCACAUGCUCGUAUCAACGGACUACUUGGAGACAUCGAUGCGCGUCUUGCUCAAGAUGCCUUGGAUGUCCAUGAAGAAGUCACCUCCAUGAUGUCAUUUCUAGAUAACUGGAUAUCAUCAACUUCCAAAUAA